AAAAGGUUUAAGAACAGCAGUGGUCCUUGCAGCUGGAUGUCAGUUCUUUGGCUCAGUAUUCAGGUGUAUUCCUACCGGCCAAAAUUGGACCAUUUCAACAGUACUAAUUUGCUUUGGUCAGAUAUUGAGUUGCAUUACUGCACCUAUACCAUUGUCUGGUGGAGUGCUUGUAUCAGCAACGUGGUUUCCUAGCAACCAGCGCACAACGUCAACUGCACUUUUGAUGGGAGGAACCGCCACAGGCAGUGCGUUAUCAUUUAUCAUUGGACCUCUGUUUGUUGAUGAUAUAGGAUCAAUACAUUACAGUCAAGUGAAUUCGACUCAAAGAGAAUUUUAUUUCAAACAAAUUCGAAAUUUAUUUUUGGUCGAAACUGGACUCAUGGGUCUCUUAUUUCUAGCAGUUAUCAUUCAUUAUCCUGCGAAACCACCUCAUCUCCCCAGUCGGUCUUCGGGUACAGAAAGAAUGAGCCCAAAAAGUGGAAUUUCACGCUUGUUAAAGAAUCGUAGUUUUUUAUUAUUAGCUUUACUGUAUGGUGCAAGUUGUGGUGUUUACAGUGGUUGGUCUUCUGUAUUGGAUCAAAAUUUACAGGGAUUUGGCGUCGGACAAAAAUUUGCUGGAUGGUUAGGAUUUAUUGCCAUUGUGAGUGGAGCGUUUUCUGGCGUAUUUUUUUCUAUGUAAGUUUCAAUUUGAUUAUUAACCCCAUUAGUCUAGGCAGUACAACUAAAUAAAUUUUAAUACUUUUGGCGUCAAAAUCGAUGCCCACUAAUAAUUAUAGCUGUUUAAAAAUCUGGAAGUUAGUUAUUCAAUUUUUUGGGGCCCUCUGUAUAACGUGUGACGCAAGUUUGUUUUCAUUGCAUGACAGUAUACGAAAAUCGAAUUAUCUCACCAAGAAAACACAAAUAUGAAAAUAGGUUAAAGAGUGAGAGCUGUCUGUGCCAGUAUAGGUAGUGCCAAUAAUAUGAACAAGGAGAUUAUGACCAAUCUCUUAAGCUAUUGAAAGAUUAUUAUAAAUAGGUACAUGUGAACUGUAGUCUUAAUUGACUUAAUGUUUACGUUUUUGAAAGACUUUUAUAAUAGGUAGACUGAAUAAUAGUUUUUGAACUAACUUACUUUAUAUCUAAGUAGAGAGGGCACAUAUUGAUAACUGUCUUGUGCACUGAAUUGUUUUAAUAUCUGUAAAGAUUUUGUAUAAUAAUUGCAACGACCUGAAAAAUUCUCCUUAUAUUUUUCAGGUAGUUGCAUCCCUACCAACGAAAGCUUGUUUAUAAAGAGUCAGAGUACUUUAGAGUACUUUAAUUUUGACUUUAAUUUGCUUGCCUACCCUUUUAGAAUGGUUUCAUAAAUUUGACAUUCAUUUCACCUUGUCCUUGACUUUUCCUAAUGCUGAUUGCGCUAUGGUAUAUCGAAUGCAUUUUAAUUGAUCAUAUUAUCGUUUUCAGAUUUGCUGACCGCUUCUCUGGACAUUUAAAGGAGUUUCUCCUAAUCUUCAUGGCUUGUGGAACAUUUUCAAUUCUAAUCGUUUGUUUCAUAUUCUCUAAAGUCAUUCCAUUCAACAAAACUCUUAUUUUUGUCAUGUUUGGUUUAAUUGGAUUUUUCGUAAACGGUGCACUACCUUUCUUCUUCGAGUUUGGAGCGGAAAUAGCAUAUCCAGUCGCAGAAGGGAUUACAAGCUCCUUUAUUAAAUUCACGGAUUAUUUUCUGCAAGGCUUAUUCUUGAUUGUAUCUAUGGGUCAUUUUGGAGGGAUGUGGAUGACGUGGGUGAUGAUGACAUCGAUAUCCGCAACUACGAUACUCUUACCUUGUGUGAGGGAAAGUUAUAACCGAUUAAAUAUUGACAAGUUUCCGAAUAAGCUAUCGGGAGAUUAAUUACAGCUGCAGUAAAUUCAUAUGCUAGUUAUUCUCAUGCAAAUAAACACAAACCCAUUCCAUACUGAACAAUAUUCGUGGAAUCUAUGCAACAUUGUUUUUUCGAACAAUUCAGGCCUCGAAUUUAGCGGCGGCCACGGCGGCCACUGGCCGUCGAUGCCCUGCUUGUUGGCCGCUAUGCCCUCGAAAUAUACUAAAAUCCACGGCCAGUAGUGGCCUGCCCUCAACCACAGAGUACAGUAUAUAGAAUGCCAAGUGAAUGAUUUGUAAAAUUGGCAAUAAUCACUUAUGUACUGUACAAUUUUAUUAGUUAUAGUUUAAGUCAAGAGGCAAUUUUUUUCAAUGUCACGUAUUUGCGAUGCAAAGUGUUCAAAACGUAAUUUAUCUUUUUGGCGUUCCUCUCAAAAUUACUUUGUUUUAGCUUUAUUCUCUAGUUUAUAGAGUUAGCAACCUUUUUAAAUGCAUCUGCCGGUUGAGAAACAUAUAAUAAUAGUUAAAAAUUGUCAAUUAAAAUACAAUUAUCAAUGAUGCUUUAAAAUUGACACCAUUUACAGCCAUAUGAGCAAAACUUGCUGAAUUUCAGACAUCAUUUUCUCUUCGGCGUAUCAUCUAAAAUCUCUUCAUUUUAGCAUUAUUUUACAGAUAAAGCACUAAACGUACUUUUUAAGUUUGUUUGCCGCUUGAAAAACGUAUAGAAAAAUAAAAAUUUUGAAUUUAGUCAUAAAAUUUUAACCUCAAGUGAUAUAUUAAACGCACUAGUUUUUAGUGGGUAUUAUAAUUCAACAUACAAAAAAAUCCUCUUAAUAGGUAGUUACGAUACAUGUAACUAUGAUAUGAAUAGUUUCAUUUGGCAUUUUUAAAAAUAUUGUUGCUGUUUUGUAUAUUUUUGUUUUCUCAUGGAAGCUCAAACGUUAUUUGAAACUUCAAAAUAGCAACUGAAUAAAAUUUUCAAACUGGCCUUGAUGCCCUGUAUACUGGCCUUGAUGCCCUGAAAAACUUAGUAACAGUUAAGGCCAAACUACUGGCCUUGCCUCUAUUUUUCCCAAAUUCGAGGCCUGAACAAUGAUCGAGAAUGUUAUACAAAUAAUUAUAAUAUAUCAUUUGUAAAUUCUGAACGCUGAUUGGCUAAGAGCCGUGUUGAUACAACUCUAUGUCAAAGCGGAAAAUGUCUUUCUUUAUAUUUCUUUGUGCUAUAUUAUAAAUUUCGGGCGUCGUGUUUCCACACAAUUUCUCGUUUUCCCAAUUCCCGCUCGUGUUGAUAUAAAUGUAUAUCAACACGGAAAAUGUGUUUUUUUUUCUUAAUCAAUGUUUACGAGUACAUUCAUGAGGUGAAAGAUGCAAUUUUGCGUUCCACGAAGCGACAGCCGAGUGGAUUGCAAAAUUCCAUCUUUCACUAAAUGAAAAUGUUUUCACUACUAGGAGUGACUAUCGCAAGGAAAGUGCUGCCUCACCUCCACGAGAUCAAAGUUUUGCCAGGACGAGAUGUGAGGCGGGAUUAUUUUGAUGUAUUGAAAUAAAUUACGGUGCACGAUUCAGCAAAAAACUACAUUAUCUUCUAAAAAUAGAUUAUAGUUAACUGUAAACGAAAGGUUGUUCAAGCGGCAAUAACAAUCUUCUUGAACAACAAGAUCUUCUGUACAAAAGUUGAUUUCUGUUAACCAGCAUUUGAACUUUCGUUUAGCCUAUUGACUUAUUUCAAUACAUCAAAAUCACCCCGCCUUCCAACAUGUAAACAGCCCCUAAGACGCCUGUUCAGGAGGUAGGAAAAGUGCGAUUUGAAUAUCAAACACCUUGCACAAAGUCAAAAGUCAGCUAAAGUAUUCUACUUUCUUGGCAAGCCGGUUUUAUGCGAAUACCUUCAAUGCUUAAUGGGGAGACAGAAUCUAUUUGUUGACAUUUUUGUUUAAUUAAUAUAUCAGCUUCAGAUGACACCAUUCAUUGUACUCAGUCAGAAAUUGUACUCAGUUAUUAACAGGCUAAAUAUCAGUCUUAGGAGUUCCUUUUU